AAGAUAAAAAAAAUCCUUCCAAAGAAUACAAUUAAACAAAAAACUCCAAUGUAAAAAGUUCAAUUGUGCACAGUUGCAGCCCUUUGUUCCACACACAUUCACAGACAGAACAUUGUGUUGUCUCAAAGCGCUCCCCGCUUCCUGUCCUGCUGCACCGGCAGGGUUUGGCCGACCAGAAGGCCUCCUGUCUGCCUUAACCUCAUUUCUAUAACAGAUCAGCUCAUUCAUUCAAUUAGCAAACGCACACACUCUCCCACGUGCACUCGCACAUGCACGCUCAGCCAUCAGAAAUCCAUGGCCUCCCAAUCCAAUUGUUGAAAAGUAAACUGAUUCCCAAAAGUCUCUGCGAUCGGGGCUCUCUGAUCGAUAGAAACCUUUUGAUCCAUUAAAAGAUUUCCUCUGUCCUGCGAGGAAAACAUGCAAAGGAGAGAUAUCAGUCAAAUCAAUAACCUUUAAAGUGACGAUCGGUGUUAAAGAACUGGGCUGAAGGUGGGACGGAGGAAAGAUGAUCGGAGCUGAUGGGAAAAAUGACUGUAAAGAACAAACAGGAGAGAGGAAAGAUGAAGCUACGGUGUUGGGUGUAGACGUUGUUACAGUGGAGGUCAGUGAGUCAGUCAAUCAGCCACACACUGACAGAUUUAAAUGUCAGGGCUGAACAGCUGGCACUCAGCACAGCAUUAGGCUCACUGUAGCAACAAGAUGUUCGCAGCAGAUUUACAGUCUGAGUUAAUAAAUCAUUUCUCUCAAACAGAGGCAGUGUUGGUUUGAAUAAUGUAAAGCUUUUCACACUUGUGUUUCCUGGCUGCUGGCAAAGCAAACCAAAGUAACAAAAAAAAAAAAAAACUCACAGCACUGAUUGAAGCUAUGCUCCUUUUUGGUAAAUCUGGGCUCACCGUGCGUCAGGGCGAUAGGAUCUUAAGGGCACGCAGCAUGUGACUUGAUUAGAACUUUCUGGUCAAUGAACACACUGCUUUGGUUCUGAGCUUUUUUCACAUUUUUGAUCUUAUUUUAACAGAAAAGGAGGGGGUAACCUCGCUGGGGGCGGGGUUUAGUCAGCCCUGUGCUGAGCUCCAAGAGUAAAACCAAAUGUGUAAGCCCAGAGCUAAGUAUAAUGAUAAUUUCUUUUUAAAGGGUAAUUCCAGUUUAUUAGAAUUUGGCUUUUAUUUUUUUUUUUUUUUAGGCCAAACUUAUGGGAAGAGAAAAUGAAGGUGAAUGGUGAAAUGAAUACCCAAACUGUCUGUUGUAAACAUCAGUCACAGUUUACAGUCUCACAUCCUGCUUUAAUGUUCUCCUAAUGUCCUUGCUCAGUUUCCCCAUGCAAUGAGGAAUUAUUACUUUAAUCUUACCUCCAAAUAAAGUGGCUUCAGCAAUCUGGAAAAUUGUUUGCAUGUUCAAACCUGAUUUGUCUUCUUUUCAGUAAUAUUCUUCUACAGUCCUUACAUUGAAUAACAGUCCGGGUUAUACGGUAACGUUAUCUCUAAACACAUACACCAGGUUCCAUAGUUUUGGCAAUAAAAUACAUCAGAUAAAGGUCCUUCUUUGAGUCUUCUCAGUGCCUGUGUAGGGACCCCAGAUCUUAUCAAGAAAAGCUUUGACCAUUACAGCUGAUGGUGCCUUAUUUAAUAAUGCACAUUCAAUAUACAUUUAGGUGUGCAGUGCAAUGGAAAAUGCAGUAACUGUGUGCCUUAACAUUUCAGUGUUUCCUACCAAGAUCUCAGCAUUUACUUUGGUGAGUAAGAUAUAAAUAAUUACGGUUAAAGUCUGACAACCGGAAUUAUCCUUCAUCUUUUUAACCUUGUGUUUGAUUGACAUUACUUCGUACCAACCUAUUUGUUUCUUUAUAGAUGUAUUUUUGCUUUGAUUCUGACAUUAUUAAAACCCAAUGUUGGAGUGGUAACUCUUCACUUUGGACCUACACAUUUGAUCAGGGUCACAAAAUAGCUAUAAAUUAUUGUUGAUAGCAGAAAUAAGAAAAUGUGUCAUGUUUUAUAAGUUAUAGGAGCUGUACAUGAACAAACAUAGCUGUUUUCUUGGCCAAAAAGUAAUCCACAUAAAUAAAUAUACAGUACGUUAUCUAACAGAGUGAUGUUCCUUAGGUUUGUCAUCAGCUAGAGCCCAGAGAGGUUGAAUCCCUGUUAGAGCUCUUAUGAACAAACUGUUAUAAAACUCUAAUGACAGAAAUCCUAUAUUUGGGUUUUAGAAGUAAAAGUCUACUGUCAGCACUGAUCUCACAUAAAAGCACAUGAAGAUCCGUUGCAGCCUAUUUAACCACAGCUAGAAGGAAAGCAAAGUGACGUUUACUGAAACAUGCCAUCCGUUCAGAAUCAGGUUAUAUAAGUCACUCAAUCAGGAAAUGAAUUGUGAAGCAGUCGAUACACAAGGAUCAGAAUAGGGUAACAUUUCAAAUAUAUAAAAUAAAUUACUGUACAUACACACAGGGAAUAAUUCUGCAGUGAAUUCUUUAACAUUUGAAUCUGGGUGAAUGUAAACAGCAGCAACAAGAUAGGGAUGAUAAUGUGCUUUCAUCUUCACGUAAAAAGGUUCAGCAUUUGUGAAACAGUGACCGUCCACUUUGACUGUGUUAGAACAAUGUUAAGAAAGUUUGUUGAGCUUUUAAAGAGGACUCUGGGUUCUACAGGGCCCCGAACACAACACGAUGCUGUUGAACACCAACAAUUUCCCUGUAUAGUAGUCUAGUAGUCACACUCAGAAUAUUUGGAGAAAUAAUAAGCUUGACCUGCAGCAGCAGUGGUGGAGUUCUAGAGGUGGCAUUAGAAGAAGCAGUGUUUGUACUGUAGGUUGCUUUCUGGGAGGACUGUUGCAGGGAGCAGGUCUGGAAGCAGCAGGCCGGCUCACAGCUCCUCUUUUAUUCUCUGCCUCUCUCUUUGCUCUGACAGAUCCGUGCUGAUAUCAGAUUGAUGGGCCGGUUUGAUUGAAGUCUCUUUGUCGUGCUAAUGUCACGGCGAGUGAUGGAUGAGGCGCGUGCGUCGAUACAAACGCGCGCGCGCAAACUCCACUUCUAAACCAAAAGGCCCCCCCUCCCCUCUCCUCUCCUACACACACACAAACACACACACACACACACACACACACACACACACACACACACACACACAUUGGUUCCCCGCUCCCGAGACCGACCGACAAACUUCUGGCCUCCGGUCACCAUAGGCGACGUGACGACGACCCACGUGACCCGCGACAGAGGUAAGAAAAGAAGUGACACGGAAGACAGAAUGAGAGCGAGAGAGAGAGAGAGGGGGAGAAAGAGAGUCACGGAAAAAGAGGGAAAAGCAGGGAGUUUGAGAGAAAAGCAGAGCGGAGGACGGAGAGUAACCUGUGUGGGGGUGGAGAGGUGUGUUCUCGCGGUGUUUCCCGCUGUCACUGAGGCGCGUUUGGUGAGCUCAGGUUGAGUUGAGCUAUUGACAGGCCUUCCGUUUACGCAAACACACACACACACACACACACACACACACCGCAGCAGAGCAUUAUUCAUGUGUGUUUCGGGUUUGGGGACGUGCAGACUUUUCCCCCUGCACAUUGGAACUUUCUGACGUUUUUAUUUUUAUUUUCUAUUCAGAUUUGACUGAAUUUUAAUUUAAUAUUGGUUGAUGAUUUUUGUCUAAAGAUAGCCUGCUUCAUUUUCCUUUGGAGGUUUUUAUUUUUCUUGUGGUUUAUGCUCGCUCAGAGGGAUUUCACAUCAUCCUAUUGACUCUUGGGAAAAAACCUUUUUAAUGGAACUUUUCGAUGUUUGUUGAUGUUUUCUUCCACCCAAGUUCUGUUAUCGUCACCUUUGGGCUCCCGUUUCCUGCUGAGCAUUUCAAACUGUACUCAUUCCCACCGUGCCUCCGGUCUGCAUGGACAACAUGAACUCCUUUGUGGAAUACUCCAUUUGUAACCGACCGGGGACCGGCGCUUAUCCUGCGCCUAAACCUGGAUACCACCACCACCACCACCAUCUGCAUCACCACCACCAUCCUCUGGAUCAGCACCAGGGCUUCCCGGUGACCUCCGGCGCCUUCCACACGGGACCAACCGGCUCUCCAGCUCCCGUGAACGGGACGAGAAGUGACAGCAGCGCCGCGGGGGCGAGUUACACCGGGGAUGGGCGACUGUACGGGGGCACUGGAGGUGAGGGAGCGCACGGGACCACAGGGGCGACCCAGCAUCAUCAUCAGCAUCCUCAUCACCAUCAUGAACAACAACAGCAUCAGCAGACGCACAGCGGCUACCAGCAUCAUCCUCACCUUCACCAAACCCAAAGCUUACAAAGCGGAACAUUGUCUCCUUAUAAUACCGGGAAUAGCGGCAACACCGGGGCCUACGCGGGCCAGGCGUGCGCCAGAAACUCAGAGUACCCUUCCGCGACGGGCCCUCCCAACCCCGUUCACUCGCAGUAUUUCAUGGAGGAGCCUGUGGCCUCCACCUACUACCAUCAAUCAACCUUCCCCAGCUCGGCUCCCACAGUCGGCCCCAGCUACGGGGCCCUGGCCGGGGCCUACUGCGGGCCUCAGGGCGCACUGGCCGGCUCACAGUACCCGCAGCAGCUUGGUGGGGGUCUGGACGCAGCGGGCUAUCUGGGGCUUCCUCACGGGGGAGGCUACGGGGAGCUACCCGUCUCACAGGACCGAGAGAGGGGGGACGAGGAGGGCCAGCAGGCCGGGCAGGGGCAGACCUUCGACUGGAUGAAGGUGAAGAGGAACCCGCCUAAAACAGUCAAGGUGUCGGACUUCGGCCUCGCGGGCGCACACAACAACGCCAUGCGCACCAACUUCAGCACGCGGCAGCUGACGGAGCUCGAGAAGGAGUUCCACUUCAGCAAGUACCUGACGCGAGCUCGGCGCGUGGAGAUCGCCGCCACGCUCGAGCUCAACGAGACCCAGGUGAAGAUCUGGUUCCAGAACAGGCGCAUGAAGCAGAAGAAGCGCGAGCGGGAGGGCGCUUCCGCUACGACGCGCUCCUCCUCCUCCUCCUCCUCCUCCGGUACCGACGGCUGCUUCAACAAGGAGCUGGAGGACACCGACCACUCCUCCGCGUCCACGUCUCCGGGCGCGUCCCCGAGCUCGGAGUAGUCAGAGCGAGCCACGUGAUUGGUUCUGCAGUCACUCAGUCCCUGUGGCACUGUGGAGAACAGGUGGCCCACUGUCCUGUACUAGUGACACACUAUUUAAUGCAUUCCUUGUUGUGUGCUACAUGUUAUAGGAGAAUGAGCCUGAUACCGCUUUCUCAUGUCCCAGAAUUCCUUUUGAAAACCCACCCAGCCCCUGGACUUAUGCAUUCAGUCAACUGUUCCUGUUCUGGUAUAUUAGCUGCUUCUGCACUGAUUGGUCAGUUGUUUCUGAUAUAUAUGAACUACAGUGGCCUAUUAGGACCAUAAACGCACUGCAGCUGGAUGCACUGCACAGUUAGUCCACCACAGUUGACAUUCUGACUGCAAGAAGUGCACUGAAGUGUUGACGAAGAGAGGGGACCUGCUAGGAGGCAACCAAAAUAUGGUAUACAGUAAAAUCAUCGCCUUGCCACAUUCUUGCUUCGGUGCAGAAAGCAACCAGCUGUAGGUUCUGUAAUGCCUCCUGGAAGGAUCACAAUAUCAUUUAAGGGAUAAGAAAGAAAAAAUACUUACAUAAGAUUAUUAAUUUUCUGUUUCUGUUUUGUGAGUCUUAACUUCUUUUAAAAAAAUAAUAUGUCUGCACAUUUUUACCCCUCCAGGCCUCUGAAAAUCUGAGAAGGAAAAUGACUCAUUGGUUAAUCACAGUUCAUGUACACAUCGAGACUAAGACAUAACCUCUGUGGUAAACUUUCCUCUUAAGGGGUAGAAAACCAAAUAAUGGACCUUUGGUGCAGUAACUCUCUGUAGAUCAGACUUUUCACACGUCUACGCUCUGUCCAAACAGGCAAAAUCAAAGACCCAUGCCUGUCUGUUUCAGCACUAUAAAAAGCAGUUUGUUCUGCUAAAAUAUUUGGUGAAUUAUUCCUGGACAAAAACCUGUCGAGAAUUUAGUCUGACAAACAUUAUAUUAGAGAUUUUCUCCUUGAUUGGGAGCUAUUUUGAACUGUAAGGUGAUUGGUGUGGUACAGGGUAAAGCUGGAUCCUUCCAGUAUGAUAAUGAUGAUGAUGAUGAUGAUGAUGGGAUGCACUUUGCCAUCUUGAUAUGAAUUUACAGGGUAUAAUGGUAUUGGGUUAUCUAAGGUGGAUAAUACAUAAUUUCUAAUAUUUUCUUUACAUUUUCUCACUUUGGAUUAAAGUCAAUGGUUUUUUUUGCCACCAUUUGUUGCUUUCGGUGUACAAAUAAAGCCCAUGAUGUACACUUAGAUCAUUAUGGGUAUAACUCCACUGAAAGCCUUCAUGAUCGUUGACAUGAAGAUUUAACAAAAUGAAUUCAUUAUGUAAAGUGGUCCGUCCUCAACCCCCACCUGUUUGAAUAAUCUAAACUAAAUGAGCCUUAUGAUCAGGAAUACAGGGAGCCUCUCGUGGCGAAAACACACUGUUGUCUUAUCUGAUUGUAACUAUUUUUAUUCCACUUUUAAAACCUUGGAUGCUUAUUUUUGAAUGUUUUAAGUGUUGUUGUUGUUGUUGUUGUUGUUGUUUGUGUUUAUGUCUCCCCCCAUGCAGCUCUGGCCUUUGCACUAUGUGACUACAGGGUAACAUUUUCAGACAAAGUGCUCAAAAACUUGCUUGACUAAGCUUGAAUUUUAUGUUCUGUAACACCUUUACAGUCUGAUUUACAACACGCUAGUUCGACUCAGGGCUUAAUUUGGGAUGUGUGUGUGUGUGUGUAUGUAUGUAUGUGUGUGUGCAGGGGGAACACAAUUUAAGAGAACUACUGAAAAGAAUGCUGCCUGUUAGACACACGCGUCUCCUCGAUGAGUGGGAAAAGUGGGAAAAUUCUAUUUUACUGCCUCUUCCCCCAUGAGAAUAAAUUAUUGGAUGCAUUUUAUGUUAUUGAUUGUAGAUUAUGGGGGGGAAAGUGUGUAUGCGAAGGGAGUGUUUUCCCUAUGGACAUCUGCUGAAGGUUGUGAUACUUAAAACCUGAUAAAAUGACUUUAUGUGAAUAGGUUUAUUCCUACUUAUGACUUCAUAAGAGUAAAGUUGUCUGGUUAAAGGUCAGCCAUUACUGUGAACUGCUGUAUUUUUUACAAUGAUGUUUUUAAAUGAGAGCAGACUGACUGAGUUUUAUUAGUUCUGCUGCCUUAGAAACACUCCCAAACCUGUUCCCGUCUGUCUUUUUCUACUUUAAGCUACCUCAAUUAAAGAUUCUUUUGUCAA